AUGCCGACCCUGAAGCAAGCACUGACUUGUAUGAUCCUCUGGGGUUUAGCUUUAGGAGAAGCCGUCAACCGGAUUUACUUCCUUGGGAUUGUGGAAGAGUACUGGGACUACGCUCCAACCGGGAAGGAUCUCAUCACAGGGAAAAACCUGACAGAGAAUGAAGAAGCCAUUAAAUAUGUGGAAAGAGGACCUGACAGGAUAGGCCGUGUUUACAAAAAGGCCAUUUUCAGACAAUUCGUAGAUGAGGCCUUCUCUCAGGAAAUCGCCAAACCAUCUUGGCUGGGUUUUCUUGGACCAGUGCUGAGAGCUGAGGAAAGAGACACGUUCAUCAUUCACCUGAAGAACUUUGGUUCUCGGCCUUAUUCUGUGCAUCCACAUGGGAUCUUAUAUAAGAAAGAUUCUGAAGGAGCCCUCUACCCUGACGGCACAGGGGGCAAAAGUAAAGAAGAUGAUUUUGUACUGCCCGGUGGAAAUUAUACGUAUACAUGGCGUGUGACAGAUGAUUUUGCUCCAACAGCGGCAGACCCCAGGUGUCUGACUUGGAUUUAUCAUUCGCACAUUGAUACGCCAAAAGAUAUCAGCUCUGGGUUAAUCGGACCACUGCUGGUUUGCAAGAAAGGUUCAUUAGACAGUGCUUCUGCACCAGUGGCCGGUAUGCCUAAAGGCUUUGCUGUGAUGUUCAGCAUUGUAGAUGAAAAUCUCAGCUGGUACUUGGAUGAGAAUAUAAACACAUUCUGCUCAGAUCCAAGCACUGUUGAUAAAGACGACGAAGAUUUCCGGCUUAGCAAUGAGAUGCACGCAAUUAAUGGCUAUACUUUUGGGAAUCUUCCUGGCCUGGAGAUGUGUGCUGGUGAACGGGUGUUCUGGCAUAUGUUCGGGUUGGGGACCGAGAUUGACAUUCACUCCGCCCAUUUCUUCGGCCACACCUUCGUCAAUCAAGGACACCGGGCAGAUGUCGUCAGCCUGUUUCCAGCCACAUUUGUCACAGCAGAAAUGUUGGUGGAGAACGUUGGGACGUGGCUUUUAACCUGCCUAGUCAAUGAACACCUACAAACUGGUAUGCAGGGGUUGUACCAUGUCAAGGCAUGUGACCAAAACGAACCCAAGCCUCUACAGAAUGGUCAGGAGAGAAGAUACUUCAUCGCUGUUGAAAUGAUUCUGUGGGAUUAUGGACCUGAUGGGAUUGAUAAAUUCACAGGGCAACCUUUAAACGCCACAGACAGCGAUUCAGCACCUUACUUUAUACAAGGGGAUGACCGAAUAGGAGGCAGCUAUUGGAAAGUUCACUAUGUCCUGUACACUGAUGAAAAGUUUGCCAGACGAAAGGAACAACCUGAAUCUGCCACCCAUCUUGGCAUACUUGGCCCAGUUAUCAAAGCUGAAGUUGGAGAUACAAUUUUGGUUACUUUUGCCAACAAGGCAGACAGGAACUUCAGCAUGACGCCACAUGGCGUGGCCUUCAACAAGUCAUCAGAAGGAAUCCCUUAUUGGGAUGGGCAUCAGAAGCCAGGAGCCCAUGUUGAACCUGGUGAGAUCUUUGAGUACAAGUGGAGCGUUCCUGAAAGCAUUGGCCCAACAGACAGCGAUCCACCAUGUCUCACUUACCUAUAUUAUUCAGCAACUGAUCCAGUGAAGGACACCCAAUCUGGUCUUGUGGGGCCUUUACUCAUUUGUAAGAAGGGUACUCUGGAACCUGAUGGAAGACAGAAAGGGGUGGACAAAGAAUUCUAUCUGCUGUUUACCAUCUUCGAUGAGAAUAUGAGCCACUAUAUUGACACAAACAUCAAUGCGUUUACUGGUGAUCCAUCUAAGGUUGAUAAGGAAGACGAGGAUUUCCAGAGAUCCAACCAAAUGGCCUCCGUAAACGGGUACCUCUUCGGUAACUUGCCUGGCCUCACGAUGUGCAAGGACGACAUUGUUUCUUGGCAUGCAAUUGGACUGGGCGCAGUGGUAAACAUGCAUGGCAUCCAUUUCCAAGGGAACACCAUUCACUUGGGCAGCAGAAACAGGGAUACCCUUGCCUUGUUCCCACACACGUCGAUGACGGCGCUGAUGCAGCCAGACCGAGUAGGGACUUUCCAAGUGGUCUGCAGAACCUUUGACCACUUUACUGGCGGGAUGAAGCAGCUGUAUAAAGUUAAGGCCUGUCACAAGGCUGCUGAAGAUGGGAGGUGGUACGGCACCGUCAGAACGCACUACCUUGCUGCAGAAGAAGUGGAAUGGGAUUAUGCUCCUAACAAGUCCUGGGCAGAGAAGGAGAACUCCAUGAGCAAAGAGGAGAGUUAUGGGCAUGUGUUUGUGAGCCAAGGUGAAGAUCGCAUAGGUUCAAAGUACAAGAAGGUGGUUUACAGAGAAUACAAAAGCGGGGAUUUUACAGAGUACAAAAAGAGGACUGCAAGGGAGCUACAUCUACAAAUUCUUGGGCCCCUGAUCCGUGCUGAGGUUGGUGACUCGAUACUGAUUGUGUUUAAGAAUAAAGCGAGCAGGCCUUAUUCAGUAGCAGCACACGGCGUAGAAGAAGCAGGUGGUAUAGAAACACGCAUCACUAUGCCAGGAGCAAUAAGCGUUUACCGAUGGAACGUUCCAGAAAGGUCAGGUCCUGGCAUCACCGAUCCUAAUUGUAUCACUUGGGUUUACUAUUCAACAGUGCAUUUUGUAAAGGAUAUGAGCAGUGGUUUAAUUGGGCCACUUAUAAUCUGCAGAAAGGGAGUAUUAAAUGCAGAGGGUUUAAGGAGAGACGUAGAUCGUGAGUUUGUUCUUCUGUUCAUGGUUUUUGAUGAAAAUAAGUCCUGGUACUUGAAAGAAAACAUUGAAAAAUAUCUACUCAAGAAUCCAAAGAAAUUCAAUCACACCGAUGAUUUUAUGGAAGGAAACAUGAUGCAUGCAAUCAACGGAAAGAUCUAUUACAACCUCCCUGGGUUAACCAUGAAGGAAGGGGAAGACACAAACUGGUAUUUAAUAGGGAUGGGAAAUGAAAUUGACCUUCAUACUGCCCAUUUCCACGGAGAGACCUUCCUCUUCAAGACUGAGCAUGAACACAGAGGGGAUGUGUAUGACCUUUUCCCAGGGACCUUUCAGACCGUGGAACUUGUCGCCUGUAAUCCUGGGACAUGGCUUUUACAUUGCCACGUGAAUGACCACAUCCACGCCGGGAUGGAGACGACCUACACCAUCUUCAGCUCUGAUCAUGGGGACACAACCACAACAUACAAUACAUCCACUGUCCUUGGUGGGACUGGUGUUCAAGAUAAUGGCAGAGGAAGAAUAGAUUUUUUGGGAAAAUCUCUGAACCUAGAAGAAGCAAGCUUGGUUUUGAACACUCUUUUUGCCACUGGACUUGUUCUUCUGGCUACCCUCCUAAUCCUUAUGGUCUUUAUUGCUUGCCAGAAAAAAAAGACCCAAUAUAUAGCAGUCGGACAGAAAUGUGAUCUUCCAAUGGAAUCUUUAUAA